AAAAUUACAAGACAACAUUUUAAUGAAAAUAUUGAAUUUUGUAAUUUUAUAAAAUGUCGCAGUGCGUUAUUGUUACUGCAUACAAGAAGCUUAUGCACUUUCUACGUACGUACAUCUUGACUGUGCAGCGCUUCGACCUGUUCCUACAGGGGGCGUUACUGAUCGUGGUAUUGUUAGAGACCAACGUCUACCUGCUGCUGAGAAGAAACGCAGGCACUGGCUUCCUACGCUCAAUUAAUGAAGAUUGGGUCAAACUAGGAUCAGCAGGCGCAGAAUUCCUCUUGGGCGCGGCGCUGGGCUGGUGGGGGAGGUCCUGGAGAAAUCUGGCGCUCUCUGGAUGUCUGGGCAUUACGGCUGCCUCGGGGCUGAUCGUGCUUGCGUUCCCUUACGAGGAAUCACAUCCUUUAGCAGUGGAGCUAUGUGGAGGAGGUACAAUUUCAGCGUACACAUCGACAACAGGCGAGGAUGCAUACAUAUCGGCACGCACGACUUUCCUAGUGCUGACGGCGAUUAUGUGCGCACUGACUAAGAUCAGUGUGUGGGCGCACGGUCUGACGUACCUUGAUGAUCAUGAACCCCAAAACGGACCUUACUUCUAUGGUAUAUUGAUUUCCAUACGUCUAUCUCUGGGCCUGAACGGGCAGAGCUGGCUACAGCCGGGCGCGGUUGAAGAAGACUGGUGGCACGCACAUCUCACUCUCUGCAUGCUUACACUCAUGUUCUCCGUACUCUUCACUCUCUUCCCCAAGAGAAUGCCGCAGUUCAAGGAGAUUGAGAAUGAUGAUACUGAAUUCCUGUCGUCGCUCCGUCGCGUUGUCUGCAACCGCGCCUUGAUGCUUCAGACGCUGGCGCUGUCCCUGCUAUACGCCGGUCUAUUCGGCUUCGUCAGUUACGAUACAGAGUUCGUGCAAGCUCGUUACCACAUCGAGAGCCUGCGCAACGACCCUCGCACCAGCCGCGCCAUCAAUGACAUAUUCAGAUCUCUUGUUAUCAUCUUCUUUGUUACUGUAUUUAGGUUCCGUUUCUCCAGUCGCCGCAGUGACGGCGUGAAGGCCACCACUGCAUCGCGUGUGGGCGGCGUGGUUGCGGUGUUUGUGUCUGCAUUCUUAUGCGUAGUGGCAGCGAUGAGCUGCGGCAUAGAGGGAGGUGACAUCGCUGGCAUAAAGGAUGUGUACACACAACCGGAAUGCAGUGCGCAUUGCGGUUGUAACACUGCAAACUACGGCUUCAGUCCUGUGUGUGCUGUGGACACGCACACCACGUACUUCUCGCCGUGCGACGCGGGGUGCGAACAGUACGAAGAUCUGAAUGGAUUUGUAUUGUUCGAGAAUUGCACCUGCGGCUUAGAGCGAGCAAUCCGCGGCAGCUGUAGCGUGGCGAGCUGUCAGUCCACUUACUCUUUCUAUCUUCUCUUCUUCGCCCUCACGCUGGCAGCCGCUGGUGCAUCUAUAACAAUGCAAGGGAUGGUGUUACUGAGGUCUGUGCGACGUCGCGACAAGCCGCUGGCGCUCGGCGUCUCCUGUGCCAUCAUAGGCCUGCUGGCACAUCUCCUAGGUCAUCUCUUCUAUAUGCUGAUAAGUUAUUUAACGUGCGCGUACACAGAAAACGGCGGGUGCAUCUUCCACCAUCCGACGAUAUGGUGGAUGGCGGCAACUAGCGCCAUCUUGUGCAUAUUGUCGGCAGUUGUCAGUCUUCUCACGAGCAGAAUCCCGCCUAUUCCAGGCGUCUUUUUGACAACGGAUCAAAAUGGAAGCUAA